CAGCCUUAUCAGUAGUUGUAAAUUGCUUAUAAUUUCAAAUGAAUCUAUAAGCCCUUAGAUUGAUUUUUUUUGUGAGGAUAUACUCCCAAUUUGUGUGGAACAUCAGAAAGAUUCAUCCAUGGCUUAUAAGCAUCAUUCUGAAAGGGCUAAAUUUGACAAUGCAUGGAUAGGGUCCUUCGGUGACAGCAUGCAAUUGGCAUCAUGGACCAAGGCAGCAGAAGCUGAUGAAUUGGUACUUCAAAACUGGAAAACUCAAGGUACCUCAGGUGACAUGACAGUGCUUGAUGAUAAUGAGUUACUAUUUCCAAUGAUUCAAGUUGGAAGUCACUUCUCCAAGUGGAUCACAGUGACAAAUCCUAGCAAGCAGCCAGUUAUAAUGCAGCUCAUUCUAAACUCAGGAGAAAUUGUUGAUGAAUGUAGGAGCCAAGAUGAUUUUAUCAAGCUCCGUUCUGGUAGUUUAGUUCAGAAUUCAUCUAUUGCGCCAAUAAGAUUUGGGUUCUCCAUGGCAGAGAAUGCACUGACAGAGGCCUACGUUCAGCCAUAUGGUAGAGCCUCUUUUCGCCCAAUAUUAUUUCACCUAUCAAAUCGUUGUGGGUGGAGAAGUUCAGCACUGAUAAGGAACAACCUUUCAGGUGUUGAGUGGUUACCUUUGGGGGAAUUCGGAGGGUCAGUUUCUCUUGUCCUCUUUGAGGGCUCAGAUCCCAUUCAGAGUGUAGAGUUUAACCUUAGCUUGCCUACUUCUCUGAACAUCUCUCCUCUAAAAAUGUUUUUUAACAUGGAUGAGACUACUUAUGCAUGCACUCUACCAUUUUCAAAAGAGCUGUAUGCGAAGAACACUGGCGACCUACCACUUGAGGUUAGAAGCAUUGAGGUUUCUGGGACAGAGUGUGUAGUUGAUGGUUUUAUGGUGCAUAGUUGUAAAAGUUUGCCUUGAACCUGGACAGUCAACGAAGCUUGUAAUGUCAUACCAGCCAGAUUUUUCAGCAGCCAUGGUACAUAGAGAUCUUGAAUUGGCUUUAGCUACAGGCAUUUUUGUCAUACCCAUGAAGGCAACUCUCCCUGUUUAUAUGCUUAAUCUUUGUAAGAGAUCAGUGUUCUGGGGGCGGCUAAAGAAACUCUCUAUGGCAAUUCUUGUUUCUGCUUCUUUAUUGUUUCUCAUAUUCUGUUUUCUUGUUCACCAAGAAAUGGUCUUGGGCUCCCAAUAUUACCUUUUCAAGAGUGAGGGGAAGAACUCCAUCACUACAAUCAGGACUGGAGGAAAAUCUUCUCGUGCCAACCGUAUUCAGAGAAAUAGCAAGUUUCCUGUGUCAGCUGAAAUGGAUGGUUUGUUAAGUUCAGUUGGGGAUGCUAAAUCCUUGAAGGAGGCAUCCAAUGGUAGAUACCCAAACAGACCAAGGGACAGGAGUUAACUGGUCCAAAUGCUAAACUAACGCCAGAAUAUGACUGGGAACUUAACAGUUUCUUAGAUCCUGAGAGGGAAACUUCUUUGCAAUCUCUGCCCUCAAAAUAUGCGGUGACUGAAAAUCCUGAUAUAAAGGAAGCCUCUCAAGCGGGCUACCUCUCAAUCAGGAUUGGCAAAGAAAAGGUAAGAAGGAGAAGGAAAAGAAAAGGUGGAUUUAGAGAAUUGAUUGAAGUUUCAGGUAGUCAAAGUGGAAAUUCUACGCCUUCAUCCCCCCUGUCCCCUGUAACAUCUGUAUUACCUAAUCGCAAAUGGUCACUCUUUCCUAAUGUUGACCAAUCUGUUGAGGCUAGAAAUCCUUUUAGCCAAUUGGCUGACCAAUACUGCGAGAAAGGUCAAGUUUUUGGGCCUAUUUCUGAAGAAAACUUGUUAGGAGCUAAGGUUUCUGGGGAACAUGGUAGCGAUAACUGGUAUUCUUCGAUACAAGAGCAGUGUACCUUGCCAAGGAAAAUUGUUUCAAAUUCUGUUUUCUUGCCCUCUACUAUUUUUCCUUGUCCGGGCAGGGCUACCCCAGUAUGCUGAGCUCUUCUUCUCCUUUGUCUUCAAACCCUGUUAUUGCUCCUUGCGCUCGAGCUCCUGCGCCUAAACUCUAUGCCCAGAAAACCAUAAAUGCAGAAAGAAAGCGUAGACUGGGAGAUGAAUAUGCAUAUAAUAUUUGGGUGACCAUUUUUCUGGACUCCAUUUAAUGGGUAGUUCAAAGGAUGUUACCUUCAAUUCUAGCACCACAGAAAGUGACCCUGAUAGUUUCUUUGUAAGGGGUCCACUAACUUCCAUGAAAAAAAUCUGAAUCAAGCUCUGUAAGCUUCAAUCAAGAAGGGUAAUAAAAAAUAUCUAGAUAACUGCUA